AUGGUCUCUUUCACCAAGCUUUUCACCGCCGGCCUCGUCGCCACUUCGGCCAUGGCCGCCCCCAUGCAUGCCAAGCGCUCCUCGAGCAAGCGCGGUGCCGCCUACAACGACAUCAGCACCGUGUCGGCUCUGGCCGAUGCUGGCACCAUCUCGUGGGCCUACAACUGGGCCGGUGAUCUCUCUGGUUCGCUCCCCUCAGGCGUCGAAUACGUCCCCAUGCUCUGGGGCCAGAAUAUGUUCGGCGGCUGGGUGACCGCCAUCCAGACCGCUUUGUCUAGCGGCAGCACCUACAUUCUGGGAUUCAACGAGCCCGACAUGACCUCCCAGGCUAACAUGAGCCCCUCGGAUGCUGCUAGCUACUACCAGACCUACAUCACCCCGUGGUCUGGCCAGGCGAAGCUGAUCUCGCCCGCCGUCACCUCCUCCACUACCGCCGGAUUGGGUCUUGACUGGUUUGAGUCUUUCAUCGGUAGCUGCUCCAGCUGUGGUAUCACCGGUUUGGCCGUUCACUGGUACGGUGACACUGCCGACGAUUUCAAGUCCUUUGUCACCAAGGCCGCCAGUGCUGCUUCCAGCAACAACCUGUCCGAGCUCUGGAUCACCGAGUUUGCUCUCAACGCUGAUGUCAAUGGCUCUGCCGAUCCCUCUGCUACUGCUGCUUUCCUCAACGAGGUGAUCCCUUGGUUGGAUGAGCAGUCUGCUGUCACUCGUUACUCUUACUUCAUGUGCGCUGAGAACUACUUGCUCAGCGGCAGCACUCUCAACCUGGCUGGCAAGGCUUACGUCUCGUAA